CAUAACAAGACAACGAGCGCGGGAAGACCAAACCUUGCCCAGGAAAGUUCGUUCAUGGACCCUCAACAGAUGAAUGGAGGACGAUUCUUGCUGUUGGUCACCGGGGCAUCUCGCGGCUUCGGGCGCUGCGUUGCGGAGGAAUUCGUUCGCCAGGUUGCCCCUGCCAACCCCGUUGACCUCGUCCUCGUCGCAAGGAGCGAAACUGGCCUGGAGAGUGCCACCGAUUCUGUCAAUGAGAUCGCCGCGAGUAUCAACGCCCCCGGUGGUGUCGUCGUUCGGAAAGAACCCUUGGACUUGGGAGACCUGGAUCACCUCGAGGCAAACCUGGAGGGUGUUUUCAGUCGGAUAGACCCAACCCGCUACUCACGAGCGGUGCUGGUCAACAACGCCGGCUCUCUUGGCCACAUCGGCGUUGCGAGCGCGCUACCCUCGCUGGCCGCGUUUCGAUCAGAGAUGGAUUUCAACAUUACGUCGGCCCUUUGGCUAUCGUCACGCUUUUCCGCCGUCUUCGGCGCGAAAAGACCGAACCUAAGUUCCGGUAAUUCUGUUGAAGGUACGUUGGGUGAAAGUGGGGCUGACGUCGACAAAAAUGGGGCAACUACUGCUGCUACCGCAAGUGCCGACACGGUGCACGACGUGUCGAACAACAUCGUGGUGAACAUCUCAAGCCUGGCCGCGUUGCAACCAUUCGAGACCUGGGGAGGGUACAGCUCGGGGAAGGCUGCUCGAGACAUGUUCCACAGGGUACUGGCGACGGAACAAGCAUCUAUCGGGGGCCUCAAGGUGCUCAACUAUGCUCCAGGGCCUAUGAACACGGACAUGUCGAGAGAUAUCCGAUCGGCGGAGCAGUUCGAGGAGGACUUGCAAAGCGGGAAGCUCAUAGAUGCCAGGGUUUCGGCAGAAAAGUGCGUAAGGCUUGCGCUGCAUGGGACGUUCGCCAGUGGGUCACACGUGGAUUUUUUUGACGAGGACUGA